GAAUAGAACGCCAUCGAGAAUGGAAGCCUUUGAGAAGGGCAGAUGCCAAGCCAUGUCAACCAUUGGGCAAUGACAGAACAAAAGAAGAAGAAUUGUCCCCACCAAGUGAAGCUUGCCAUCAUGGGGUUGGGUAUUCAUUCAUAGAGUACUUUCCUAUCGCAUUAUUAUUGAUGCAUUGACAACAAGAACACCAUGAAGCUGUCUUCCUUUGGUUGUGCUGGUCUGGCGGUGGUGGUAGUUUUGGCUACCUGUAUCCCUGCUGCCCAAUGCUUUGCUGCCCCGAGGCUGUUGGUUGUGGCUUCCUCUCUGCCAUCGACGACAAGACUAUUUGCGGACAUUCCUCAUGGUGAUGGUUCUGAUCAAGAUGCCAUGGACUUGGAGAAGGACGAUUGGAAAUCAUUGCAAGAAGACCAGAUGAGCAUGGAACGAAUCCAGCAGAUGCUGUCGGAUCUGGCGUUGCCGUCAUUGCCGGACUCUCACCAGCAACACCUUCAAGUGCUUCUCUCCAACUUGGCACCCAAGGAUUCGCUGUUUGACCCGUAUUAUCGACCAGACAAAGAUCCUUCGGAUGACCAGGUAUUGGCUGUGGGAACAUUCUUUCUUGUGGCUGUGGUGUGUUUGACGGCUACCUAUGUAACCAGCGAACCGUCGUUCGCCGUCGGUGACGCCCUGUUGGACGGUCGCUUCAAUGUUUACACGGGUGGAUACUUGUUCUAUUAGCUACCGGUGCCUAGAUUCGAGACGGAAUCAAGACGGUUGAUACCCACGAAAUAAAUGAAGAAAGCAAAGGGGGGGAAUGAUCGCCACAAAAGAUGACUCCACUCACGCCAUCUGGAGAGUUUACCGACGAUGCAUUUACAGUAAUAGAAGGUACCAGCCACGAUCGAGGAGAUCCAUGGACUAUUAUCCGGGAUGCGUGCUCUUUCAAUCGGCUGUUUCGUGAGACAUACAGUAGCAACAAAAGAAUGUAUUACUCGUUCAUAGCCAUAUCCUACUACUAGAUACCUGUUGGAAAGC